AGAUCUGCCUGUCUCUGCCUCCCCAGUGCUGGGAUUAAAGGCAUGCACCACCACGCCCGGCUGAGGAACCCUAUUUAACAAGCCUGUGAGGUGAAUUCAUACCCUGCCUCCAUGAACUUGCACUUGCUAAGCUCAGGAGCCAAGCGGGACCCCAGUGCAUAGCCACUUUGGGCAUCUCUCCAUUGGUCUCAGGAACCUCAAUGGCCCCGACCUCCCAUGCCCACACUACAUGCCUGGGAGGGGGGGCAGGAAGGUGAUCUGCUUUGUGGUCCUGAGGAUAAAGGGGUUACCAUACACGUUUCUUUGUGCACCUGGUACACAGUAAACGUUGCCCCUGCUGCUAUCAGGGAGGGUGGCCAUGGAGGCUUGGGGUAAUUCACCGCAACACUCGGCCACUGCCACAGUCACAGCUUGGUCUGUUUGGCUCUGUCACAAAGCUAAGGAAAACUAGCAGUGGGUCACCUGGUAAUCUGCUGGAGAGGGCAACCAUCUCAGGCCCCUGCUGCUCAAGCACUGUCUAUGGUGGGCCGAGGGGGUCAGGACAACUGCACUUCUACUGUCACCUCUCCUGCUCCAGUGCUGAGGCCUGGACAGACUGUGAGGUGUCUCCAGGAGGACAAACGCCACAGGCAUGAGGCUGGAGCACAGUGGCUUUGGGCACAUGCACCCACUCUCAAGGGUCCUGGAUGGUGAUCUGAGUGACCUGCAGAUAAGUAGGACCCUGUCGAAGGUGUGGCAUGGAGGAGGCAUUGGCUGUUUCCCUGGGAUAUACCAUCCUGUUCAGUGACCCCUCUGAGCUCUUUCCUGGCACAUCUCAAGAGAGACCAUGGAUCAUGUGUUCCCCGAUGCGGGUGUGAGCCUGCUGGCAGCCUACGAGCAGUGGCGGGAGCGUGCAGACAGUGCGGCCUGCUGCGACUACUCCCUGCAUGUGGACAUCCCCCGCUGGCAUGAAAGCGCCAAGGAGGAGCUGGAGGCCCUGGUCAGGGACAAGGGUGUGAACUCCUUCCUGGUCUUCAUGGCUUACAAGGACAGGUGCCAGUGUACCGAUGGCCAGAUAUAUGAAAUCUUCAGCCUCAUCCGGGACCUGGGAGCCUUGGCCCUGGUGCACGCGGAGAAUGGGGAUAUCGUGGACGAGGAACAGAAGCGGCUGCUGGGACAAGGCGUCACCGGCCCUGAGGGCCAUGUGCUCAGCCACCCGGAGGAGGUAGAGGCAGAGGCUGUGUACAGAGCUGUUACCAUUGCCAAGCAAGCCAACUGCCCACUGUAUGUCACCAAGGUGAUGAGCAAGGGUGCUGCUGACACAGUUGCUCAGGCCAAGCGCAGGGGUGUGGUGGUCUUUGGGGAGCCCCUCGCUGCCAGCCUGGGUACUGACGGCUCACACUACUGGAGCAAGAACUGGGCCCAGGCUGCGGCCUUUGUCACCUCGCCCCCCGUUAGCCCGGACCCCACCACUGCGGAUCACCUCACCUCCCUGUUGUCCAGUGGGGACCUCCAGGUGACCGGCAGCUCACACUGCACCUUCACUACUGCCCAGAAGGCUGUUGGCAAAGAUAACUUCACGUUGAUCCCUGAGGGCAUCAAUGGCGUGGAGGAGCGCAUGUCUGUGGUCUGGGAGAAAUGCGUGGCUUCAGGGAAAAUGGACGAGAAUGAAUUCGUUGGUGUGACCAGUACAAAUGCUGCCAAAAUCUUCAAUUUUUACCCCAGGAAGGGGCGUGUGGCUGUGGGCUCUGAUGCCGACCUGGUCAUCUGGAACCCCCGAGCCACGAAGGUCAUCUCUGCCAAGAGCCACAACCUGAACGUGGAGUACAACAUCUUUGAAGGAAUGGAGUGCCGAGGAGUGCCCAUGGUGGUCAUAAGUCAGGGCAGAGUGGUGCUAGAGGACGGGAACCUGUUUGUCACCCCAGGGGCUGGCCGCUUCAUUCCCCGGAAGACGUUCCCAGACUUUGUCUAUAAGAGGAUAAAGGCUCGCAACAGGCUGGCAGAGAUCCAUGGUGUGCCCCGAGGCCUGUAUGAUGGGCCAGUCCAUGAAGUGAUGUUACCUGCCAAGCCAGGGAGUGGAACACAGGCCCGUGCAUCCUGCCCUGGCAAGAUCUCCGUGCCACCUGUGCGCAACCUGCACCAGUCGGGGUUCAGCCUGUCUGGGUCUCAGGCCGAUGAUCAUAUCGCCAGACGCACUGCUCAGAAGAUCAUGGCGCCCCCUGGUGGACGCUCCAACAUCACUUCUCUUUCCUAGACCGGGACUUGGGUCCAAGCUGGUGCUGUGCCCACCAGCAGGUGGUGUGAGGAUCACUCACUUCAGUUAGCUCUUUCCUUUGUAGAAGUUACUGUGAAAGGUGCUCAGCCUUGUCCUCCCCUCCCCUACAAACUCUCCUUUGGGGUCCCAGAUCCCACUGUGAGACACCCCUCCAGAGGGCUGAAUCUGGGGAGACGUCACUGCCAGGGCAAGGAGGUUAGGCAUGGCAGUGACCAGGUGCCUCCCACCCACUUGGCUUCACCAUAAAGGUGCUUCCUGAGAGAAGUUCUCUCCAGCCUGUGAGCUUGUGAGGGUGGGUCUAGGUCAGGGCGCUUGCUGCUGCCUCUCCCAUUAGGAACCACUGCCUCUCGGGAGCCCCCAGAGCUUCAUCUGCUCCAUGUUGUUAGAAGCAGUUACCUCUCCAGGGUCUGUCCCUGUCUGCUGUGGUGUAGGGAGGAGACCAAGUAAGUGGGGCUUCUGCCUUGCAGAGCUCCUGUGACUUCAGGGAUCCACCAGUUACUCGGUGCAGAGCAGCUCCCUCCCACAUAAAGAUUCACUUGUAUACAGUUCCAAGGACCAAACCUGAGCUCCUAAAGCAGCCCCCCUCUAGGGAGUUUUAUGAUCUCUUAGCUAAGACCAGCCUCCUUUUACUACAGAGCGUGUCUUUCCAUAGGUUUCCUAGAGUAGCAGUUUUGUAUGGUGAGGAAAUAUUAGCCAGGGAUCUGCAUGCUGCUGUACCAGAGGCUGGCUACCAGCCAGGCCUGAUGUGAGUUGGGUCAAUAAAAAAUGUCUGGGUUAGAAGUUGCCUGUGCAUGGACAGUUAAGACUUCCCUCUCACCCUGCCAAGCAGUUACACAAGGACCAUGGAACCCGUCACCCCUGCUCAGCUGUGAGGUCUCUGCCUGCUCUGGGCCAUGGGAGUAACUGGACCCAAAUGGUGGGAGGGGCUGUUCUCUCAGGGACUUUGGCUGAUGAUCAUCAGCAGGACACCUACAUCAACUAGCCAGGCCCAAACCACCUCAACUGGGGUGAGGAGGUAAAUGG